AUGGUUUGUGAGGAUGGAAUUAACAUCAGCCCACCAAACUUGGCUGCAGGCCAUCAGUGUUUUAAUAUUUUUCAUCCUCAGAUUCCUCGUGUAACUUACCCGUGUUCUCCUUCAGAGUGGAGAACCUUCAUGCCUGUGGUCACCUUUGUCCAGCCCAGAAUAGUUGAGCAGCCUGAUGCAGCUAGCUUGAAGAAGCAAUGCCCAUAUCGGAAGAAGUUGGAAAAGCAGAAGAAAAAGGCCCUGAAGAAAAGGCAAGAGAUAGGUUUCUAAGUCCGACUAUUCCUCUCAAAGUAUGUCAAGUUAGCAAGGAUUAAGGAGAAAGAGAACUUCACUGAGAAGGAAAAUUUGAAUCCAGAAAGGCUCAAGGCUCUCAUAAACUAUUUAGAUUCUCCUGUGGAACUUGAGCAACUCUAUGCAGCUCAGGCCCUUGACAACUCGGGGUUGCCGAGGAAUCUGUCAACAUCUGCACUUUUUAAAACUUUCCAGGAAUGCAACAGCUUGCCUUUGCAGUAUGAAGCAGCACGGUCGCUGGCUUUGCUAGGUUGCCUAGAUACCUCUGUAAUGAAAAUGCUAAUUAGACACCUAAAGGAUGUGAGUCUGAAUCGGAGAGAAGAUACACUGAGUGCGUUGAAGGUAUCCCUGCAGGCAUGGUCAAUGACACCUGAACUUGAGUGGUAUUGGAUAGGUGCCCGGUCCAGUUUAAUCCGAAAUCUGCGACGGUUGGUGAACCUACAAGAUCCCUUGGACAGCGUAACAUUCGAUGCAGCCCUUUGCUUAGGGUACCUGGACAAGUAUAACCCAAUCGCACAAGAGACUAUGUUUAUGUGCUUGUCCCAGGACGACUGUAACAGGAAAAUUCAGGCUUUGAUCAUGCUGAUUAAGCACAUGGCCAUAGUUGACCCUGUAGUUAUCAAAACUGUUAUUGACCAGCUUCAGUAUUCUCCUUUGUACAAGCAUCGCGUUGACGCUGCAAAACUGCUGACUACCAUAGGGCUCGAAAUCAUCCAAGAGGAAGGCUUGGAGGAGGAGGUGUUCAAUGUGCUCCUGGAGAAGUUGUCCGAAGAACCUUUUCUGGUUGUGAGGCAGGCUGUUGCCUCAACUGUUGAAGAACUGAACAUAAAGAAGCGAGUCUGGGAAAUAGUGGAGAAGCAGCUAAGGGAUGACAAAGAUGAGAUCCGAAAGAAGGCUGUGAUUGCAUUAGGUGCCCUUGGCAUUCGCAAUAAGAAUUUGUUCUUUGCCCUGUUGGAAAUGCUGGAGCUAGACACCUGUGAGGGUGUCCGCAUACAGGUUGUCAGGGCGUUUUCCACUUUGGGGAUGGACAACGUGUAUGUGAGGAAGAGCCUUGUGAAGAAAGCACAGACACAAGGGAUUCUCGCCAGAGAAUGUUCCAAAGCCUUGGAGGCACUUGAUAAGGUCUCUGAUGCCCAGAAAGAGUACAUGCUCCAAUCCUACAAAAUCUACUGAGAUGACUUCUUCCUUUUUGGAUUGCAAGAGCAGAAUCAAGGCGAGGCAGAUGGAAUAAAACAUCGCCUCUGGUUUUCCAGUG